AUGAACUCGUGCGACUUCAGCUCGGCGUACUACUCGUUCGACGACGUUGUCAACGACACGAAUGUGACGCACGACCAAGCGACCAUCAUCCCGCUCCUUCGCGCAGCGCCUGCAGCUCAAGCUCGAGCUCUUCCUCUUGCCAUGGAGCCUGCCGGCGUGCCAAACGCGCAUGGUACCCAAUCGACUUUCACACGUCCUGGGUGCUCUACUUUUCCAAGUUUAGCUCGGCGUACAAGGCGAGGGGGCUCACGCCGCAGAACGGGCCGCUCUUCUCUGCGCCGUGAGAGUGCACGGCCGACGCGCAAGCCGACUUUAUGGCGAACUUCCUUGGACCCCGCCGACCACCCCGAGGUCAAGAUCAUGCUGCAUCUGCCCGGACGUAGCCUCCGGCCAAGACGGCUGGUUCCGCGGCCAGCGCUACAACGCCCACGACACCCUCGGCAAUCUCGACAACCGCCGGUUGUCGGCUGGGUCGACUGGAACCUCCUCCUCGACCACAACGGCGGACCCAACCACCUCGCAAACACGUGCGACGCGCCGCUGGUGCUGACACCCGACGAGACGAGCUUUGUUGUGCAGCCCAUGUAUUACUUUCUCUCGCACGUUUCACGCUCCAUUCCGCCCGGCUCCAAGCGCAUCGCGGCACACGUGACCUACGACGCACUCCUCGCCGACUAA